UCUCUCUCUUCCGCUCAGGAGACAGGACUCUCGCCUUCACAUUCUCUUCAGCCUCUGCUUCACGUUUGCACACCAUGACCGGCCUAAUCGCCGGUUCUCACCAGAGGAAUGAGCUCCAUGUAAUGCAUGGUGUUGAAGAGCCUCGGCCGGCCAUACGCCAGUCAGUCUCGAAAAUCUGCCGAGUUUGUGGCGACGAGAUCGGAUUAAAAGAGAAUGGGGAGUUGUUCGUGGCCUGCCACGAGUGUGGAUUCCCGGUGUGCAGGCCUUGCUAUGAGUACGAGAGGAGUGAAGGGAGCCAGUGCUGUCCUCAGUGCAACACUCGUUAUAAACGUCAUAAAGGUUGUCCUAGAGUUGUGGGAGACGAUGAAAGCAAUGGCGAUGCUGAUGACUUCGAAGAUGAAUUUCAGAUUAAGAAUAACCGAGACACCCCAGAUCGUCAUCAUGUCGUUAAUCCCUCGGAAAAUGGGGACUACAAUCCACAACAAUGGCAACCCAAUGGGCAGGGUUUCUCUUCCAUUGCUGGAAGUGUUGUUGGAAAGGAUUUUGAAGGAGAGAAGGAUUUCAAUAAUGCGGAAUGGAAAGAGAGGGUAGACAAGUGGAAAGCCAAGCAAGAAAAGAGAGGUUUGGUGAGCAAAGAUGAUGGAGGAAAUGACAAGGACGAUGAAGACGACAUUCUGAUGGCUGAAGCCCGGCAACCAUUGUGGAGGAAAGUCCCAAUUCCGUCCAGCAAAAUCAGCCCCUACCGCAUAGUGAUUGUCCUGAGGCUCAUUGUACUCUGCUUCUUCUUGCGGUUUCGUAUCUUGACCCCAGCAAAUGAUGCUUACCCACUGUGGCUCAUCUCUGUAAUCUGUGAGAUAUGGUUCGCCUUAUCAUGGAUACUAGAUCAGUUCCCCAAGUGGUUCCCCAUUACCCGUGAAACGUACCUAGACCGCCUUUCCUUGCGGUUCGAGCGAGAAGGCGAGCCCAAUCGUCUUGCUCCCGUUGAUGUCUUUGUGAGUACUGUUGAUCCACUUAAGGAACCACCCAUCAUAACAGCUAACACAGUCCUAUCCAUCCUCUCUGUGGACUAUCCGGUGGAGAAGGUGAGUUGCUAUGUGUCUGAUGAUGGUGCUUCAAUGCUUCUCUUCGACACAUUAUCAGAAACUGCGGAAUUUGCGAGGAGAUGGGUACCAUUCUGCAAGAAAUACAACAUUGAACCACGGGCUCCUGAGUUCUACUUCUCUCAAAAGAUUGACUACUUGAAGGAUAAGGUCCAGCCAACCUUUGUGAAGGAACGUAGAGCUAUGAAAAGGGAAUAUGAGGAGUUCAAGGUGAGGAUUAAUGCACUAGUGGCAAAGGCACAGAAGAAACCAGAAGAAGGUUGGGUCAUGCAGGAUGGAACACCGUGGCCUGGCAACAAUACAAGAGAUCAUCCUGGCAUGAUUCAGGUUUAUUUGGGAAGUCAAGGUGCACUAGAUGUGGAAGGCAAGGAGCUGCCUCGACUGGUGUAUGUCUCACGAGAGAAACGCCCUGGAUAUCAACACCACAAGAAAGCUGGUGCCAUGAAUGCUUUGGUGCGAGUCUCUGCAGUGCUAACAAAUGCACCCUUUAUGUUGAACCUGGAUUGUGACCACUACAUCAACAACAGCAAGGCUGUAAGGGAAGCCAUGUGCUUUCUGAUGGAUCCUCAGCUUGGAAAGAAGCUAUGUUAUGUCCAGUUUCCACAGAGGUUCGACGGUAUUGAUCGCCACGAUAGAUACGCUAAUCGCAAUAUAGUGUUCUUUGAUAUCAACAUGAAAGGCUUGGAUGGGAUCCAAGGACCAGUCUAUGUUGGAACUGGUUGUGUCUUCAACAGGCAAGCAUUGUAUGGCUAUGACCCACCAGUGUCUGAAAAGAGACCAAAGAUGACUUGUGAUUGCUGGCCUUCUUGGUGUUGCUGUUGUUGUGGUGGAUCAAGGAAAAAGUUGAAGUCAAAGAAGGGAGAAAGAAGUUUGUUUGGAGGGUUUUACAGCAAGAAGAAGAAAACGAUGGCAAAGAACUAUUCCAAGAAAGGCUCUGCCCCUAUCUUUGAUCUUGAAGAGAUUGAAGAAGGGCUUGAAGGAUACGAUGAGCUAGAGAAAUCAUCUCUCAUGUCUCAGAAAAACUUUGAGAAGAGGUUUGGACAGUCACCUGUCUUCAUUGCUUCAACACUUAUGGAAGAAGGUGGUCUUCCUGAGGGUACCAACAACACAACCCUCAUUAAGGAGGCUAUUCAUGUUAUUAGCUGUGGCUAUGAAGAGAAAACUGAAUGGGGAAAAGAGAUUGGAUGGAUUUAUGGCUCAGUCACAGAAGACAUAUUGACAGGAUUCAAGAUGCACUGCAGAGGAUGGAAGUCAGUGUAUUGUGUUCCUAAACUAGCUGCAUUUAAAGGUUCAGCUCCUAUAAAUCUUUCAGAUCGUCUGCACCAAGUUCUCAGGUGGGCUCUUGGAUCAGUUGAGAUAUUCCUUAGUCGGCAUUGCCCUCUAUGGUAUGGCUAUGGAGGAAAACUAAAAUGGUUAGAGAGGCUGGCCUAUACUAACACCAUUGUUUACCCUUUAACUUCCAUUCCUUUGCUUGCCUACUGCACCAUUCCUGCUGUCUGUCUUCUCACUGGAAAGUUCAUCAUUCCCACUCUGAAUAAUCUUGCUAGCAUAUGGUUCAUUGCCCUCUUCUUGUCCAUCAUAGCCACUGGUGUGCUUGAGCUCCGAUGGAGCGGUGUUAGCAUUCAGGAUUGGUGGCGCAAUGAACAAUUCUGGGUGAUAGGAGGUGUCUCAGCUCAUCUUUUUGCCGUCUUCCAAGGCCUUCUUAAAGUUCUUGCAGGAGUUGACACCAACUUCACUGUAACUUCAAAGGCUGCAGAUGAUGCAGAGUUUGGUGAACUGUACCUCUUCAAAUGGACUACACUUCUCAUUCCUCCUACAACACUGAUUAUCUUGAACAUGGUUGGAGUUGUUGCUGGAGUAUCGGAUGCCAUUAACAAUGGUUAUGGCUCAUGGGGCCCCCUAUUUGGGAAGCUAUUUUUUGCCUUUUGGGUCAUUGUUCAUCUCUAUCCCUUCCUCAAAGGACUAAUGGGAAGGCAGAACAGAACACCUACCAUUGUAGUGCUCUGGUCAAUUCUUCUUGCAUCAAUCUUCUCCUUGGUUUGGGUGCGGAUUGAUCCUUUCUUGCCUAAGCAGACAGGCCCAAUUCUUAGGCAAUGUGGAGUGGAGUGCUAAUAAUGUUUGGGACCCAUAUCUUCCUCUCUUCUUCUAUCUAUUUCUUCUUGGUCUGGUCAGAUAUUGUUUCUUUAAAUUUUCAUGUCCUUGAAAAAGAGUGGCUUUGAUUUGUAUAUAGUCUUUGAACGUACAAUGUUAUGGUCAUAAGAUGAAAUUUUGUUGUUAAUGCUGCCAAUGACAAGCGGCCAUUUCCCCUAAUGUAUGGUUUAAAAUCUAUAAGAGAAACAAUUAAAUUGGAUUUGUUA